AUGGCUUUCUAUGUGGAAGUUAUUGGGAAGAUACUGAAAGUCCUGCUCUGUGAACUGAAGGUGUUAGCCCCAGCCUCUCACCUGGACAUCUCUCCUGAAACAGAUCCAGACUACAGUGACUAUUAUAACUUGGUAGAAUCAGAUUCAUCAUACAGUGAUGGCAGCACAAGGGUCUUCGGUGGGGUUGUCCUGGCCGUCCUGUACAGCACAGUUUUCAUCGUUGGUUUGCUGGGGAACGCUGUGGUCCUGUGUGUGCUGAUCAGACACCGUCACAGAUGCAGUCUGACAGACAUGUGUUUCCUCAGUCUGGCCGUGUCUGACCUGCUCUUUCUUGCCUCGCUCCCUGUUUGGGCUCACAGUGCGGUGCAAGGAUGGGUUCUUGACUCAUUCAUGUGUCACAUCAUAACCGCUCUCUUCAUGAUGGGUCUGUACAGCAGCGUCUUCUUCAUGGUCCUCAUGACGCUGGAUCGCUACGUCAUCAUCGUCUACAAACACAGCAUCUGUUCCAGAAAACGGCCUGCAAAAAUGGCUCUGAGCUUAUUUGUAUGGAUGCUCAGCCUGUUUGCGUCCCUCCCUGAUAUUGUUUUUGCCAAAGUGAAAAAGGACACGAGCACCAAAGAAUCCUGCAGAUCUGAAUUUCCUGAAGGUGCAGCCUGGAUGUCGUUUACGUACCUGAACGUCCUGAGCUUGAUUCUGCCUCUGAUUAUCAUGAGCUUCUGCUUUUGCCGGAUCCUCAGCAGUAAAUCAGAAGAAAAGCACAGGAUCAUCAGACUCCUCCUGGCUUUGCUGGCCGUUUAUUUCCUCUUCUGGACUCCAUACAACAUCAUCACAUUCCUCAGGUUCCUGCAGACGAAGGGCUUCAUGCUUUCUCGUGAGUGGUCUAAUGAUCUGAGUCUUGCCAAGCAGUGGGUGGAAGCGAUCGCAUUAAGCCACUGCUGCCUCAAUCCCAUCAUCUACACCUGUGUGGGACAGAAGUUCAGAAGAGCAGUGCUCACAGUCCUGAAUGAGCCACUUUCAUCCAGCUUCAUCUCUCCACAGUCGCCUGACAGCACAUCUUCUAUCCUAUUUUAUUAACAAAAUUAUCAAGUUCAACCAUACUAAGCAAAAAUAACACAUUUGUGUUUUAAAUUAGUUAUUGCUGAAUAGUGUUGAACUUU